UUCUUUUUCCCCUCCCUUUUCUUUUCUUGCAGCAUCUGCCAAGCAUCUUUUCUUUUCCCACUUUUCUGUUCUUUACUCUCACUCUCCUCAUUCUUUACCUGCUUGGUUGAAAUUUGUUGGCUUUCUUUCCUUGUGAUGCCCUAUUUCCCCUGCCUUCUUCAGCUGCAAUCCAUGCCGGUUUCGUGAGGGGUUUUUUAAUCCGCCUGGCAUUGUUUGUUUGAUCAGAAAGUUGAAUUCCUUUCUUCUGUUGAGCUUUCUUGUUAUUUUAGUAGUCGGAUUGCUUCUUUAUAGCCUCCUUAAUCUCCUCCAAGCUGUUUAUCUGCCGAAUUCUCUGCUGAUCUUUGCUGGGUUGUCUUGUUUGAUAUCAAGAUUUGAGGUUCAGUUCCGGUGUGAUAUUUUCUUUCCCUGUUGAGCUUUAGAUUCCCUGAAUUUGUGAUUUUAUUUUGUCUUUCUAUUUCGUUUCCUUUCAAUGGUUUAACUAUCUGAGAUUUCUUGAUACCAAGCUCCGAACUUUUGUUCUUUCUACUCCUUUUCACUUGGUCUCUGUAACUCCAUUGUAAUUGGGUCUCUGUUUCCAUGGGAAUUUGUCAUGGAAAACCCAUUCAGCACUCACAAACCCAACUUGAAAACCCUACGAGCCCUGAAAGGGAUGAGCCAGCUUUGAAUUCCCAAACUGGGAAAUCACUAAACUUCCCCUUUUAUAGCCCCAGCCCCUUGCCAAGUGGAUUCAAGAACUCACCUGCCAAUUCCAGUGUCAGUUCUACCCCUCUGCGCUUCUUUAAGCGCCCAUUUCCCCCGCCUUCGCCGGCGAAGCACAUUCGCGCAUUGCUCGCACGCCGGCAUGGCUCAGUCAAGCCUAAUGAGGCCUCUAUUCCAGAGGGAAGUGAAAUUGAGUUGGGUUUGGACAAGAAUUUUGGGUACUCAAAGCAAUUCAUGGCUCAUUAUGAGAUGGGAGAAGAGGUUGGCCGGGGGCAUUUUGGAUAUACUUGUUCAGCUAAGGGAAAGAGAGGGAGCUUAAAGGGGCAGGAUGUGGCUGUCAAGGUUAUCCCAAAAUCCAAGAUGACUACAGCAAUUGCCAUUGAAGAUGUGCGAAGAGAAGUGAAAAUAUUACGGGCUUUAACAGGGCAUAGGAACCUAGUGCAAUUCUAUGACUCCUAUGAAGAUGAUGACAAUGUUUAUGCAGUGAUGGAGUUAUGCAAAGGAGGUGAAUUAUUAGAUCGGAUAUUAUCCAGGGGUGGAAAAUACUCAGAAGAAGAUGCAAAGGCUGUUAUUGUCCAAAUUUUGAGUGUGGUUGCCUACUGUCAUCUACAAGGCGUAGUUCACCGCGAUCUCAAGCCUGAGAAUUUUCUCUUCACUACCAAAGAUGAACAUUCUCCACUGAAGGCAAUUGACUUUGGACUCUCUGAUUAUGUAAAGCCAGAUGAGAGGCUGAAUGAUAUUGUAGGAAGUGCAUAUUAUGUUGCUCCAGAAGUUCUGCACAGAUCAUACGGAACAGAAGCAGAUAUGUGGAGUAUAGGCGUAAUUGCUUAUAUUCUUCUAUGUGGAAGUCGUCCCUUUUGGGCCAGGACAGAAUCUGGUAUAUUUCGGGCUGUGCUUAAAGCAGACCCUAGCUUUGAUGAAGCCCCUUGGCCUUCAUUGUCUUCCAAUGCCAUAGACUUUGUGAAGAGAUUAUUGAACAAGGAUUACCGCAAGAGGCUAACAGCUGCUCAAGCACUCAGUCAUCCAUGGCUGGCAAAUUAUCAUGAUGUCAAGAUUCCCCUGGAUAUGAUAAUAUACAAGCUUGUGAAAGCCUACAUAUGUUCUUCCUCACUAAGGAAAGCAGCUUUGGGGGCCCUUGCAAGGACACUUACUGUGCCCCAGCUCGCUUACUUCCGUGAACAAUUUGCUCUGCUAGGACCAAACAAAAGUGGGUUCAUCUCUCUGCAAAACUUUAAAACGGCUGCAACGAAGAACUCCACUGAUGCCAUGAAGGAUUCACGGGUUUCCGAUUAUGCUUACACGGUGAGCACUCUCCAAUAUAGAAAAUUAGAUUUUGAGGAAUUUUGUGCUGCAGCCAUUAGCGUGCAUCAGCUAGAAGGAAUGGAAAGCUGGGAGCAGCACGCUCACUCUGCCUAUGAACUUUUUGAGAAGGAUGGUAAUAGGCCUAUUAUGAUAGAGGAGCUGGCCUCGGAACUUGGACUUAGUCCAUCAGUACCAGUUCACGUGGUUCUCCAAGACUGGAUUAGACACUCAGAUGGAAAACUUAGUUUCUUGGGGUUUGUCAGACUUCUGCACGGAAUUUCUUCCCGUUCAUUUCAGAAAGCUUGAAAUAAAGCCAGGCAACAUGCGAAUGCCUAAUCAUAUCCUUCCUCCUCGUCCUGGAACCAUGAUCUCUCGAUGGGCUGACAAAGUGCCUGCUCAACUCGAGAGCCAUCCCGAACAAGCAAACAGUGUUGCUGCCAAGUCGAACAUAUUGGCAGAAGCUGCACCAGCGGCAUGUUCCAUCAUGUCAGUAUGUUUUGUUCAAAUCUCUUUUCUUUUCUCUUCUCUGUUUUCUCUUUAUAUAAUUUUUUGUUUCUUAGUGUUUGGUGCCAUUGAGAUUUAGAUGAUUGUACAGAAGAGGGGUGGAUCACAAAGAUGGAUUUAGGAUUAGAGAAAAAGUCUUUAAGACUGAAUUGGGUCUCCUGGCCCUGGGUAUCUCCCUUGUGUACCCAAUGAACAACCUGGUUUCCCCUUAGAUUUCCCAAUGUGAUCUACAAAGUUUUAAUUUCUCUCUA